AUGAAACAAGUGGUGUUUAAAGCGUUCAUGUCUCAGAGUUACCUUAGUGCCCAAGAAACUAAUACGCUGACAACAAGAAAUUACCUAAUGUCACUCCAUUCGACCAGGAAGCAACCUUCAAAGGCAAUGAAGAGGCCUGUAUCAUCGCCUUUGAAGUCCAUGCAUCCCCAGGUUUACCGAGUCGAGCCAGUAAACUUCAAAGAGUUGGUUCAGAGGCUAACUGGUGCACCUGAGCACGAUGAUGUGGUUAAACCCUUCAAGAGUUUGGAUGAUUUGGCAAAUGAGAGUUCUUCAUCAUUAGCAUUUGAUUUAUCAUCCUCAUCAUGGGGAGAUUUAUCACUUCAAACUCCUGCAAAUCUCUCCAGAUGGUAGCUUUUAUAUAGGACAUAACAUUUUAUUUACUCUUGCAGGUACUUCCUUUGAUUGUAA